CCGGGUUUCCCCGGUUUGACGGUUUGAGCGCGAAUCGCGGCGAGUCCGCCUCGCUGAAUGGUUCGAGGGGAGCGGUGGCCCGUGGCGGGACCCGGCGCCGCCUCGGAGCUUAGUGUCUGGCCUUGAAGCCCCUGCGGUCGGCGGCCGCCGGCGUCACUGUCCAGAGGUCAACAUUGGGCUUGUGUUUUGCCACUCGCGGUGCCCACAUCUUCUGCCCUCGCCGAGGUCGGGACUGAGAGCCUUGGUUUCCGCGAGUGUCAGCAAGCUGAUUUUUUUGGAGCACUGUUAGAAUUGUUCUAUUUAGAUCAAGAUGUCUAGCAAAGCAAAUGCUUCCAAGAAGAGGUCUCAACAGUUAAAAAGAAAUCCAAAAAGAAAAAUUGAUGAUAAGGAAGUGGAGUUAUCAGAGAAGGAGGUUAAAAACACAGUGAAAAAAAAUAAAAAUCAUCCAAAGCAUCUGUCUUCUAAAGGACAGACAGAGCAAACUAGUCUAAAACAGGUAAAGAUAGCAUCCAGCAGAAGGAAAACCUGGCAACCUCUUUCGGAGAGCAGCAGAAAGCAUUUGCAAACUCUGAUGGAAACAGUCAUCAUAGCAAUUUUGAGUAACAAAAGUAGAGAAAAUGAACAAAUUCAAUAUCAUCUCAACUGCCUGAAGAAAAGAUUGCUACAAAUGUUUGAAACCCUAAAAGUCCCUCCCCCAAAACUGAAAGAUUUAACUAACAUGCCAAGUCUACUGAAAAUGGAAAGGGCCCGGCACAGAGCCAAUGAAGAAGGCCUGGCGUCAUUGCAGGAAGAAAUAGAUAAAAUAGUAGAGACCACAGAGGCAGUGACUGGGGAUAUCCAGAGCCUAAAGAACAAAAUUCAAAUUCUGACAAGUGAGGUGGAAGAAGAAGAGGAGAAACUUAAACAGAUGUUUCAAAUAGAUAGCAGUGGUGUACUCUCCCUUCCAGAACUUUCUCAGAAGAGUCUCAAAGCACCCACACUUCAGGAAGAAAUUUUGGCACAAAUUAGGUCACAUUUUUCUUCCAGUUAUUUACCUGACACUAAUACUUUGCCAGUUAAUGUAGAAAGUGCUACAAUUCUGUUAAUAUCCUCCAUGCAGAGACCACCAGGAACAAACUCGGUGUAA